AUGCUUGCGCUACAGCGGAUCCAUAAUCGGAUCCCAACGACAGAGACCUUGCCUCUUCGCCCCGCCAUUCCACCCAGGUCAAGAUUCGAGUCUCUGCCCUUCGAGCUCCGACUCCAGAUAUACAGCCUACUGCUCGACGGAAAGCCCCAGUACUGUCAUUUUGAAAAGGCAGUGGGUGGCCGAAGCUAUUCCACUCCCAAGCUCUAUCCCGCCAUCCUCGCCGUCAAUCGCUCCAUCUCCGCCGAAGCCUAUCCCGUUCUGUACGGGGAGAACACCUUUCUCUUCCUCGGUACUACGCAGAUUGCCGAUCAUCUUAACAUCAAUCACCAAUUCCUCCGCCGUCUUGUCGGGCUGCCCAAAAUUCAUGACCCGUCCCUACUCCCCAAAACCUCUCGUCAUUUGAUCAAACACGUCGCGGCCGCGCCGUUGGAACUAGCCAGAAAUGACUGGGUUGGUCGACUGCUUGGACUGGCACCCGCGAUCAAGACAAUCGAGUUUGACUUCUGGGUUGGCUUCGCAAGCAUUCCCACCCUCGAUGCAUCUAUUCCUGCAAUCAAAAGUCUCAUCGGUGCUUCGACGCAGACCUUCCGCAUUGGGACUCGAGAUUUCGAUGCCUACCACGGCUCCGGAUUUCGCUUUUCGCGCAGAAGGCGGGUAGAGCUGCCUGGCAUGAUAUUAGCCGUGGUCGACCUCAAGGGCCUCGACCAUGUGCAAGAGAAGAGCCGUCUGGUUCACAAAGCCUUGCGUUUCAUCAUCGAAAUUAUGGGACAACGGCCGCCGAUGCCGAACAAUACUAUUUUCCCUGGCCAAGCGCUGGUAUCGGUAGAGUAUAGAGUGUUUUUACACAAAGAUUUUGCCGGUUUUUGGUCGUCAGAUGAGUUCACAGUCGAAGCUGAGACUCAAGGGUAG